CUGCUUUAUUGGCUUUUUGGAUUUUUUUCUUUUCUCAGAGCGACCAGGAGCGAAAGCGAAAGGAUGAGAGGGAAGCACUAAACUACUUCGUCCACAGAAUCUCUUUUCUCCCCCGUUGAUUUUUAUCGUUGCCACACUGCGCACCUAUGUCGUCGUCUUCUUCCUCCUCUUCUUCGUCUGCUCCGCGGCCAAAAUCACUGUCGAUUUUGAUGGUUUCGGAUUUUUUCUACCCCGGGCUCGGUGGAGUGGAGAAGCACAUUGCCGAUUUGAGCGCGACCCUGGUACGACGAGGCCAUCGGGUGGCGGUGUUGACGCACGCGUAUGAAAAUAGUAGCAGGGAGCAGCUGUUGAAGCCAACGGUCAGGGAGCGGAUUGGUGAUCGAACGCUGGCGCCAUCAAAAAAUCGCAGUAGUCCAGGGCCAUAUUUGUCUACUACUGGAACAUCAAAUAACGCAGCCUCGUCCGUGUCCCCUACAAGUUCACCACACCCAGAGCAAGCGGACACCUCACGGCCGGAAAGCGACAGAAAUAAUUUCAGCAACAGUGCGGGAGAUCAUGAACAACCAGCACGCAAAGUAGAAAAGUCGACGAAUUUCCCCAACAAGCGCCCGCGACGCCGGUGUGGUGUGCGGUACUUGAAGUCCGGCGUCCGGGUGUACUACGCGCCGGUCACCUGCAUCCCCGGCACCGAGGUCGCCUUCCCGACGGCCUUUUCGCUGUUGCCUUUACUCCGCAACAUUCUGCUGCGCGAACAGGUAGACUUGGUGCACGCACACCAGUCCACUUCGGCCAUGGCGCACGAGUGCAUGUUCCACGCGAAGACGUUGGGUUACAAGACGGUAUUCACGGACCACAGCCUGCACUCCGUGACGCAACCGACGGUGGCGACCAUUCAUAUCAACAAAGUGAUUUCCGUCGGCCUACUGAACGCCGAUCACGCGAUUUGCGUCUCCGCGAUCACGAGGCACAAUCUGGCGCUGAAGGCGGGGUAUGCGAAACGACGGAUCACCACCAUCCCAAACGCGAUCGACUGCGACAAGUUUCGGCCGGAGGUGUUGAUGAAGGACCCCCGCGGGGGUAGCCAAUUUCGUGGAAAUAGUGGCUGCCGGAGUAGCAGUAGCUCCAAUCAUGCUGUUUCGACGGGUGCUGGCCACGCAGACACAACAGCAAGCGGUGCAAACUUGUCACUCGAUGAUCCUGCUGUUGAUAGUAGCCACACACUAGAAGUAGAGCCUCGGGAGAAGCUCGAAACCCCAAGAGAUGAGCAUGCAUUUUCGUGUUCAGACGUUGACGUCGUCGACCACGCGGGGCGAGUUCUUGCAGAAGGAAAUCUAGCAGAGUUGUCGGCGUCCGCAAUUACUACGACGGGUGAAGACAGCGCAACAACACCAACAACCGUCACUUUCGUGCUGAUGAACCGCCUGACGCAGCGCAAGGGGGUCCAGUUGCUGGCGGAGGUGAUUCCGAAAAUGUGCGAAAAGUAUGGAAAAGCGGUGGCGUUCAUCAUCGGGGGCGACGGUGAAAUGCGGCCGGAACUGGAGGCUGCGGUAAGACCCUGGCUUUUCUUGCAAGGGGAAGAAGAUGGUGGAAAAAGAACAAGCAGAAAAAUUACCAGGGAUGGACGAGAGGACUCUCGACGUCCAGAAGAAGAACACGCUUCUACAUCUUCUUCCUCAAUUAAUACAGCAGCUACAACUACUACGGCACCAGCCCGCGU